AACGGCGGGGAUUUUUCUUGUAAUUAAUCGAGUAUCAAACUAUCAAAUAUCAAUUCAAUAUUGAAUAUUCAUUAAAACAAAAGUUCUGAGGGUAAUUUUAAAGACAUAAUAAAAUUUAAAUUAUUUAAUUAAAUAUUAUAUUCUUUGAAUAAACCUAAUCAAUGUAAUGUUAAAAGCUCCUUUGGUGGAAGGUUAAAACUUUACUGACAUUUAAUUGUAAUCAUUCCUCAUUAAAUGUAUUUUGUUUUGUGGGAAUACAAGUUCUGUGUUAUAUGUUAAAGUAAUAGUCAAAGUUCCAUGUUUAUAAAACUCGGGUAAUAACGUUUACUACAUUAAAAUAAAACCGAUAAUUUGUGAAGAACUGUAAAAUGUUGUUUAAAGGGUGUAGUACUUCAAACGAAGAUAAAAAUAAGUUGAACUUCGAUAUCAUAGAUGUUGAAAGACAAACUCUAGAAUAUGCCGACAGCUCAAAACGGUUUUACGAAGUAUCGAGAGACUUUUCUAAACAAUAUGCUCAUAUCUAUUCGGCUCGACUAAAUACUUUUAGAAACAUAUUGAGUCCUUUAGCAAGCAAGAAGUGGUCUAAAAAGUGCAAACUUGUUAAGUUAUGUGAUUUGCGUGAGAAGGGAGAGCAGUGUAUCAUAAUAGGUACUUUAUUUAAGUUACAGGAGCUUAAGCCCAGUAUUUUAAAGGAACUUUCAGAUCAACUAGAAGUUUUACCCCAACCAGUAAGGACUCAUUUUGUUCAUGAAACAGACACUGUAGUAUUGGAAGAUGAGCUACAAAGGAUAAAAUUAUCGGGUGAUUGUAUCAAUGUGAAUGAAGUUGUAACUGGUGUUGUGGUUGCCGUAUUAGGUUCUGAAGAUGAAGACGGAGUUUUCUCAGUGAUUGAUGUAUGUUGGCCUGGUUGCAUGCUACAGAAACCAUUACCUAAACUAGAAAAUGAUAGUUAUUUGGUGCUAAUGUCCGGUCUGAACUUAGCAUUGCAAUCAACAGAGCAUUUGUUUGCUUUAAACCUGUUUCUAGAAUGGAUAUCAGGGUUUUGUGGAACAUCUAAUUAUCAAGAAGAGAUUUCCAAAGUGGUCAGAGUUAUAAUAGCAGGAGGUAUAUUCUCAAGUCAUUCUGAUGAAAGAACUCUGAAUGAAUCAGAUGUGAUUGCAGCUGCCCCCCAUGUAGACUCAAUUUGUGCAGCACUGAGUUCUGUUACACCUCUUGACCUCAUGCCUGGAUGUAAAGACCCUACUGGUAUCAUGUUACCACAGAAACCAUUUCAUUAUUGUUUAUUUCCAAAAGCAGUGGAAUAUAAUACAUUCAAUAGAGUUUCUAAUCCAUAUGAGUGUGAUAUUGGAGGGCUAACAUGUCUCGGCACCGCCGGGGAACCUAUUAAAGACAUAAUGAGAUACAGCAAGUUAGAGGAUUGUCUAGAAAUCAUGAAAAAAACCCUACUGUGGAGGCAUAUAGCACCUACAUGCCCUGACACAGUCCCAUGCGCUCCUUGCUUAGAUACAGACCCAUUUACAAUGUAUAAUUGUCCAGCUAUUUAUUUUUCUGGUAAUGGAAAAGAAUUUGCUACUGACCUUUUUAUUGGUGCAGAGGGACAAAAGGUUAGAUUAGUAAGUGUUCCUGACUUCUGUGAAACCAGGACUGUCGCUUUAGUUAAUUUGAGAAAUUUGGAAUGUUAUAGUAUGGUUUUUACAUAGUAUAUUAGUUUUUGAGUAAA